AUGAAGUUAUCCACGCUGAACAUUGCGAAAACACUGAGGCCGAAAGUCGUCAUUGUCGGUGCUGGAAGCGGUGGAAUGUCUACAGCCGCUAGGCUGGCAAGAAAAGGGCAUUAUGACAUCACAGUUGUUGACCGGGCAGAAACGCACUACUACCAGCCCCUUUGGACUCUCGUCGGCGGUGGUCAGUUCAAUCUUUCCGACUCUGGCAAACCGAUCUCAUCCUUGUUGCCGAAAUCGGCCACUCAUGUCAAAGAAAACGUCGCUUCUUUCCAACCCGCAGACAACAAAAUAACUCUAGAGAACGGAAGCACGCUGAACUACGAUGCACUUGUCUUGGCAACUGGGCUGGAGCUGAAUUAUGCCGGGGUGGAAGGCGCUAAAGAAGCACUCAAGGAAGAUUUGAAGGUUUGCUCGAAUUAUUCGCCGGCUUACGUGCUCAAGACCUUCCCAGCAAUCAAGAGCUUCAAAGGAGGAAAAGCAGUCUUUACUUUUCCCCCAAUGCCGAUCAAAUGCCCUGGUGCCCCUCAGAAGAUCAUGUGGAUCGCCAAUGACAUUUGGAAAAACGACUCUUCUGUUGGAAAAUACGAGCUUGAGUUCAAUACAUUUUUGCCUGUCAUUUUCGGUGUGCCGAAAUACGCCGAAGCGUUGAUGAAACUGGUGGAAUCGGAGAAAGUGAACUUGAAUCGACAACACACUUUGGUCGAAGUGGAUCAUUUGAGCAAUCUGGCAAAGUUCAAAAAAGCGGAUGGAGAAAUGUACGAAACAAAUUACGACUUCCUGCAUAUAACUCCGAACCAGCGGCCGCUAAAACUCUUCCGCGACGAUGAGUCGCAACUUACUGACGCUGCUGGAUGGGUGUCUGUAAAUGAAAAAAGCUUACAGCACACUGUUUACGAAAACAUUUUUGGUGUCGGCGACUGUACUUCUAUCCAAACGUCGAAAACUGCUGCUGCAAUUACUUCUCAACACGCUAUUCUUUGUGAGAACUUGGAGAAAUUUUUCAAUAAAGAAAAAUUUAGUGAAGAUUACGACGGUUACACUAGCUGUCCGUUGGUAACGAGUCAAAACACGUGUAUAAUGGCCGAGUUCGGCUUUGGCGGCGAAGUGAUGGAAUCUACAUUUUUGAAUCAGGGAAAGAAUCGCUACUCUAUGUACCUGACAAAGAAAGCAGCGAUACCUUUUAUCUACUGGCAAUUGAUGAUGCGAGGACUUUGGGCGGGACCCAAGCCGCUAAAACCACUGACAAACCCAUUCAACUGGAACUAG